CUGAUGAGUGCGGUGCUGUGGAGUCGCCUGGCUCUUUCUUCUACCUACAUUUUCCUACUUUUAUUCAGUGUUUCGCGGAUCAUUUCCUCAGGAGGUGAAGCUUCACACGUCCGUCGAAGAUGUCUGUGGCCGGGCUGAAGAAACAGUUCCACAAAGCCAGUCAGCUCCUCAGUGAAAAGAUCAGCGGGGCAGAGGGGACGAAGCUGGAUGAAGACUUCAUGGAGAUGGAGAGGAAAAUUGAGGUGACCAACAAGUCGGUGUUUGACCUGUUGUCCAAAACACAAGAAUACCUCCAGCCGAACCCAGCCUCCCGAGCCAAACUGAACAUGCUGAACACAAUGUCGAAGAUCCGAGGGCAGGUGAAGACCACCGGCUACCCGCAGACUGAGGGACUGCUGGGCGACUGCAUGCUGCGCUACGGCCACGAGCUGGGAGAGGACUCCGUCUUUGGCUCUGCUCUGGUGGACAUGGGUGAGGCCAUGAGGCAGAUGGCAGACGUGAAGGACUCCCUGGACAUUAACGUCAAACAGAACUUUAUUGACCCUCUGCAGAAUCUACAGGACAAGGACCUCAAAGAGAUCACGCACCACCUGAAGAAGCUGGAGGGCCGCCGGUUAGACUUUGACUAUAAGAAGAAGCGUCACGGAAAAAUCCCGGACGAGGAGAUCCGGCAGGCCGUGGAGAAGUUUGACGAGAGCAGAGAGCUGGCCGAGAGGAGCAUGUUCAACUUCCUGGAGAAUGACGUGGAGCAGGUGAGCCAGCUGGCGGCUCUGAUCGAGGCGGCCGUCGAGUACCACCGGCAGUCCAGUGAGAUCCUGGAGGAGCUCAGUGGAAAGCUGCAGAAGAGGAUAUCCACAGCCAGCAGCCGGCCCAAGAGAGAGUUCAAACCAAAGUCGAUCCGCAGCAGCAUCGAGACCCUGGACAACAGUCAGCACAACGGCCUGACCUACAGCUCCUCGCUCAAAUCCACCGAGAUCCAGAUCAACCACACAGUCAAUGGCAAAACUGAUCAUAUAACCUCUGUUCCACUGUCAUGGCCUGAGAGCCCCACUACCAAUGGCAAUGUUCACCAGUCGGAGUUGUUGGACCAGCCGUGCUGCCGCUCCCUCUACGACUUCGAGCCGGAGAACGAGGGCGAGCUGGGCUUCAAGGAGGGUGACAUCAUCAUCCUCACCAACCAGAUAGACGAGAACUGGUACGAGGGCAUGAUCAACGGCGAGUCCGGCUUCUUCCCCAUCAACUACGUGGAGGUCAUCGUCCCCCUGCCUCAGUGAAGACUCGAGUCCUCCGCAGACUCCGUCCUGCCUCAUCGCCGUCGCCUCCGUCCUGACUCGGGGACGCCAGCUCAGCCCGAAGCUGGAAAAAAAAAAUCUGAUUUUCAAACCGAGCCAGAGAGGUAGUAGUUUUGUCCCCGAGCUGACUUAAGAUUAAAUUUCACCAAUUACGUUGUUUUCUCUGUUAAUAUUUAUGAACCUGAAGCCAACUGAAACCCAAGCCAUUAAGUGGGACGCUCCGCCAGGUUGGACCCUCGGUGUCGUUUGGGUCCAACCGAGGUGAAAAUGUCCAACAGUCGUCAAACUCUGUAGUCCAUCGUGUCUGUCCCUCAGAGGACUCUGCUUCCUGUUUACGCUGAAGUUUAUCUCGUCGAGCUGUCUGCCUUUUUUUGGUUUCACCUCAAACUGAAGCUUGUUAACGACAUCGCGACUGAAAACUUUCAAACUAAUUAUAUGUCUCAUAUUAGAGACAGUUUAUACAUUUCAGAAUAUUUUAGUCCUAUAAUAUUUCCAUAGAAUUACCCAAAAAAUGAUGGAGGCCUCAUACCAGCUCCAAGAAAGUUACAUAAUCACAGUACAAAUACACUCAGCCACUCCAAAAUUCAAGAGGUGGCUAAGAAAAUAGAUUUCACUUUAAUUUGGGUGAAAUGACCCAAAAAAACCCGACCUUUUCUCAGCCACACUGCCGCAAUAGAAUAAUAUAUAUGGUCGCCACGGCGUUUUGCUCCACCGUAUUUUGUGUUUCGUGUUUUUUUUUAUGUUUUGUGUUAUUGUCCAAACUCGAGCCUCAUUUUUUAACAGUUUUUUUGAUUCCUUGUGAGGCCUUCCAGCAGAGCUUUACCAAAGUUCAAGGAUAAUUCCAGUUUAUUACAGCUUCUAUCUUAAUUUUGUAGUUUCUGCUGUCAUAAUAUAAGGGUCUCCUUGUAUUAUGUGGUUACCGGCAGCGUUAUUACCGCCGUCCUUCAGCGUUUCAUGCGAACGCUACCAGUUUGAUCUGGUCGCGUUCUCAAGCGACGCCACCAGUGCGUGUUGCAUGUGGACGCACCUGGAGCCUUUUGGACGUCCGACAGCGCACGAUAACAACGUCCCUGUGCGUUGCACAUGGACGUAUAAAGUUGUUUUUGGUGUCACACUCGAAGGACAACAGUACCAACAGAGCGGCGCCAUUUGACGUGUUCGGAAUGAGAACUGGUUAAUACCCAGUAUGUCCACUUUAAACGUCCACUGACGUUCUGUUUAAUUUUGACGCUCGGCAUAGCUGCACACACGGUUUCUCUGUGCAAUCAAGAAUUAUCAGCAACUUUCCAGCCGUGCUCACUUUAAUAAUUUCCUCCAAAGAAAGAGUUUGUUCAUAUAAGCCGGAUACAUUUUCGGCUUGCUCCCGUUUGACUGUCUGACUGCUCGUGUUUUCUGCCUCACCGACAGAAAUUAAGGCCUAAAUUACAAAAAACAAGUUGUCAUAAACCAGAGUUAUCCUUUAAAAUGUGAAGCAUUAGCUCAGCGUGGGCUUCAGCUGGACGACGCUCUUUCUUUCCACACAGACAUUCCACGUUGCUAUUUAUUUUGGACACGUUUUUUUCUGAUUUUGUGAACAUUUUUGAACCACAGCUCUGGGACAGCGAGAGGUUAAAGUCGGCAGAGUUCGACAGCGACAGUGAUGUUAAUGUUGGACUCUGCCUGCGUUCAGGUGGACCUGUCUCGUGUUGUGGCGUCUUUCUUCCCCAAAAACGGACUCUGCCUGUUUGCCUGCUGUGCUCUUAAGUGUGGCCCAGAACAUGUUUUUAAGGACUGUGAGGAACUGAAGUGGACUCUGUCUCUCUGAAUGUCCCUCUCUGUCUCUCUCUGUUUACAUGCUCUGACUUAUUGCGACAUAACGUACGCUCUGUGUCCGAUAGGGAUGAACGCACCGUCAGAAAGUGCUUCUUGAAAUGUCGUCUUUAUUGCACUGAAGCUUUAGAAUCUACCUACCACAUGCGCUCAUGGACGUGCACCUUUUUGUCUUUGUUGAUAUUUAGUUUUUCGGUUUUCUUCGGCACUUUGUGUUCCUCACCGCAGGGUUAGAAUCACUACCAUAUCAGAAACGUACGUCGAGUCAGAGUGGUAGAUUUUUAGAUCCAUAUAACCGCAGAUGUUCUUUGACUGUGCUAUAAUGAGUCUCGGUUAUUGUAACGUAGAUUGGAUAAAAAAUGGUCGAAUCACAUCUUAAAUAUGUGGAAGUAGAAGAUCCUGUGACCUCGUGAAACUCACUCCAGCUCCUCUGUCAGCUCGUGAUAAGCUGCAGGAGGAGCCUGCAGUUAUUGUGGCCGUGCUGAUAAACGUGUUUAUUUAGGAAGUCUCAUCACGGCGUCAGCUGGUUAAAAAAAACCCAGGUAGCACGGGAAGCCGAAACUGUCAUUAUGCGCCUGUAUUUUCACACGAUUUUCUUUAAAGAAAAAGAAAAAAUGCCGCUUUUUACAGCACUCUUGUUAGUUAUUCUGUUUUUUUGAUGUAUUUUUUAUAACAGCCUAAAAGUACAUUUUUUGAACUAUCACUCAAGCCCCACAAAAGCAGUCGUUUUUUUUCCUUUUUACGCAGUUAAAAAGUGUUUGGGUUUUUUGUUUUACAAUUUUUAU